AUGGAGCAGUUUGAGAAACCGAAAUCACACACUGAGAAAGGAGUCUUUGAAAAGGUAAAGCUUUAUCUUCUGAGGAAGCCAUUGCCAUCUCCCACUGACGGAAGGAAGUUUGACCAUGACUUUGCCAUCUCCACUUCCUUUCAUGGGGUUCACAAUAUUGUUCGGAACCGGAGCAAAAUCCGAAGGGCAAUCUGGUUAGCCGUGGUGCUGGGCUCAGUCUCAGUCCUGGUGUGGCAGAUCUACAGUCGCCUGGUCAACUACUUCACGUGGCCCACCACCACAGCCAUAGAGGUGCAGUAUGUGGAAAAGAUUGAGUUUCCUGCUGUGACAUUCUGCAAUUUGAACAGGUUCAAAGCAGAUGCUGUAGCCAGAUUUGGCAUCAUUUACUUCUUAUGGAGUAUUGUAUCCAAGGUUUUCCAUGCUCAGGAAAUCAGUGCCAAUUCCACCGGCUCUCAAGAGGCUGUUGAUUUUGUAGUGACUCACCAAAACUUCAGCAUUACAGAAUUUGUAAAGAACAGCGGGUUUUACCUCAGUAGAAGCACCUUGCUGUCAUGCAACUUUUUCGGAAAACGAUGUGGCCCAGAGGAUUUUAAACACAUCUUCACUGAAUACGGAAACUGUUUUACUUUCAAUCAUGGUGAAAAUAUCCAAGAAAAGAAGAAAGUGAGUGUGUCUGGAAGAGGCUUAAACUUGGUGUUCGACGUCCGCCAGGAGGAGUUUACGGAUAGCUCAGCCCUUGGUUUUGCUGAUGCAGGGAUUGUCUUUGCUAUUCAUUCACCUAAAAAAGAACCACAGUUCGAUGGCUUAGGCUUGUCCUCACCCGUGGGGAUGCAUGCCAGGGUGACAAUCCGCCAACUAAAGACAGUUCACCAAGAAUAUCCCUGGGGCGAAUGCAAGCCUGAUAUCAAGCUGCGGAACUUCAGCAGCUAUAGCACUUUCGGUUGCUUGAAGGAGUGCAAAGCCCGGCACAUAGAAAAGCAGUGCGGAUGUCUGCCUUUUAUGCUUCCAGGAAAUGGAGUAGAAUGUGAACUACAUAAGUACUACAACUGCGUUUCUCCAGUCCUUGACCACAUAGAGUUGAAGGAACUCUGCACCAUGGGAACACACAACUCCAGCUGCCCUGUGUCUUGUGAAGAGACAGAAUACCCUGCUUCCAUUUCUUACUCCACCUUUCCCCGACAGAACGCUCUGAAGCAUCUUUCCAAGAAGCUGAACCAGAGCGAGGACUAUAUCAGACAGAAUCUAGUGAACAUUGAAAUAAACUACAGUGAUUUAAACUAUAAGACAACCCAGCAGCAAAAGGCAGUCAGCGUGCCCGAGUUACUUGCAGAUGUUGGUGGUCAGCUGGGCCUAUUUUGUGGGGCCAGUGUGAUUACAAUUAUUGAAAUCAUUGAGUAUAUAUUCACCAAUUUCUACUGGCUGUGCCUUUUCUUUUUGCUGAAGAUACCUGAAGUGACCCAGUGGCUUCCUGCAUCUCAGAAUCAUCCUGGGAAUAAAAAUAGGAUAGAAGAAUGCUAA